CGUUCUUUGAAAAAACAAAAUUUAAAUGUAAAUCAAUUGGACAUAACCUUGAGGGAAUUGUAGAAUUCCAAUAAAUGUUAUGCUUACUAUUUGCCUUGGUGUUUAAACGCUCAUAAUGUUGACUCUUUUAUGCUCAAGUAUUUGCGCUGACGGCUUUACCAAGAAAUAAUUCAAAUAAUUCAAGACAACGACAGCCGUUACAACAUGGGUGUUCUGUUCCAUACACCUCGUUCCCGCUUACGAGUUACCACUUUAACAGCUAAUUAGGAUUAUAGCAGGAUUAUAGCAAUCAGCGUUAAAGUAUCUUGACAGAUACGCCGCAAUGGUAGCGGCGUCAAGCCCCGAACCCCCUCUAAGUUAUAGAGGCGCGCCCAAUCAUUUUCAGCGCCAGUCUGUCAAUUCUCAUGCUCGUUAAAUCAUAUACAGUUUACGCUUGUAAUCUGUGGGCAAUUCACUUUGCCAGAAAGGUCAACUCUUUUUAGUGCUUAAACAAUUCAGAUUCGGCUGAGACGUAUAUGCUAAUAAAAACGAAGCUAUAUUGCAAUACCUCAACAAUUUCGAUAGGUUUUUAACUGUAAGUGUUCUAACGACUGUUGUUUCGUCGUUAUAUCCGGUCUUUUCGUUUUAAAUAUUUUUUAAACUGUAGAUUGUUGACAGCAAACACAAAAUUUCUAGUGCCAUAAGUAUUUCUGUUAGCUGCUUUUAAUUAUACGAUUAACCUUUAACAGAUUUUGAAAUUUUAUCACUUAAUUUUAUUUUAAAUUGUCGUUUUCUUUCAAAAUAGAGUAAACCUAUUUAAAAUGCAAGAUUGCGAAUAACUGUGGGUUCUGUAUACGCUUGAAUGGGAGUAAAACACGCGACCGUUUACGUAUUUGAGGACCAACAAGUUCUUUGGUGACGAAAAACAAAAAUUUCCACUUUCGCUCACCGUCUGCAGUACGUGAUUUACGAAAGGGGAUUUCCGAAAUACUGGGAAAUAGGUUCGAGUUAUCGCUUUGGGGUAUAUAGGGGUUACAGGAGUAAAAUGGUUACAACUUGAAACGUUUCUUAUGUAUUAGUUAAACAUGUUUUGGUUGCAGUUAUAAACUUCGGGCUAUGAAAAGAGGACAUGAUAACUUAAAAUACAGUAGGUUGGCUCAAGAUGGUUCCCCCCCUUUUUAUCGUCCCAUUUGGUGGUAAACAAAGUUUUUUUAGCAUUCAUAUCCGGUAACCGAUUAGACGGUUAGCAUUUGCUCGUAUGUUCUUUCUUUCAGCGGCGGGUCACGUAUUUUAUUUCCUUAAACUUUCAAUUUCCGUACCAAUUUUCGCAUAAACGUAGGUAAUUAUGUGUUAAUUUAAUAAGAUUGCGCUGCAGUUAUAAAAUACGCGUUAAAUGUACAAAAGGAGAGUAAAUAUUUUUAUUUCUGAAACGUUCUAUGCUAUCAUAACAUAAGGGGCGUGUAGGGGCAGUCUGGUCACGCCCCGUUUAACACAGGUAGAAGAGAGAGUUUAAGAAGAAAGCAAAAGUGAGAGGCCGGUGCGUUGACAAAUAUCUUCUUUAUCAGCAGAUACACAGCGAUGAAUAAAAAAUCGAUUUUUUUCUGCCAGUCUGCAGCGCACGUGCGACGUGACAGAUGCUCGGGAAAGAGAGAAGCCCCGCGGGGUUUCGAGCGUCAUUUUCCGGUCAAAAGCGAUUUCAGCUCCCGUUACAGAAUCCCUAGUUUUUCAGGUACAUUUUAGGCAAAGUUUGAGCAGGGUUUCUAAGCUGUUUUGACACGGGUGUAAGCACGAAAGUGGUUUGACUGAAGGCAGGUUUAGGGCAGUAAGGAAUGCUGAAAGAAGACGAAAACGAUCUCGGGUUGGGAACACCAACGAAGCUGACGGAAUAAAUAUUUCUCAAACCUUGUCUUCGAAAAUGGAAAGCGGAAAAACGGUUGCUUUCCAAAGCAGAUCAGAAGACGACAGUCCGGAGGACACGAAAAAGGACGGAUCCGAGGACGAGGACUCGGGGAGAAGCUAUGAAGGGCCUCUCUUCCCUGCUCUUUACCCUGUGGUCCUAUUAUCGCUGAAACAGACGAGCGUCCCGAGGAUCUGGUGCUUACGGAUGGUGGCGAACCCAUGGUUUGAAAGAGUGAGUAUGCUGGUUAUACUUAUCAACUGUGUUACGCUUGGAUUAUACCAGCCAUGCCAGCAUAGAACAGGACUUCACUGCGAGUCGGAGAGAUGCAUGGUUUUAGAGAUGUUUGACCACUUUGUGUUUGCAUUUUUCGCACUGGAAAUGCUGAUUAAGAUGUUGGCAAUGGGAGUGUGGGGAAAGCUUGGUUAUCUAGGGGAAGCAUGGAACAGAUUGGAUUUCUUUAUUGUCCUUUGUGGAAUGCUGGAGUACACCCUUCAAAUGGAAGACACCAUGAAUUUCACAUCAGUGCGCACAGUGCGCGUGUUACGGCCUCUUCGUGCAAUAAAUAGGGUGCCAAACAUGAGAAUUUUGGUGAUGUUACUACUUGAUACACUACCUAUGCUAGGCAACGUUCUUAUGCUGUGUUCAUUUGUGUUCUUUAUAUUCGGGGUGGUAGCUGUACAACUAUGGGAAGGGACUUUAAGACAGCGCUGCUUUCUUGACCCUCAUGUGUUUAAUAUUACCGGGGAUAUGGUUACACUCAAACAUAGUAACAUCAGCAUCAACUUACCCCCUUACUUUACUCUUGAUGAUUCUGAUGAUGAAGUCGCAAUAUGUUCGCUGCCGAUUGACAACGGAGACUUCAAAUGCAUGGACCGUAAUAUUAUAACUCCCAAUAAAGUCAACAAUGUUACUUGUUCAUUAAAUAUAUCAAGUUUUAUCCCAGGACAAGCUAUGGAUCAUAUAUACACAGAUUUAACUGGUGCAACAAACUGCAUAGAUUGGAAUCAAUAUUUCAACACAUGUAAAGCAGGCGACCAAAACCCUUAUCUGGGUUCGAUUAACUUUGACAACAUCAUGUACGCAUGGGUGGCCAUAUUUCAGGUUAUUAGUUUAGAAGGUUGGGUUGACAUUAUGUAUUACCUCAUGGACGGAUAUUCAUUCUAUAGCUUUAUAUAUUUCAUUCUACUUAUUGUGAUUGGAUCCUUCUUCAUGAUCAACCUCUGCCUCGUAGUCAUAGCGACUCAGUUCUCAGAAACAAAGCAAAGAGAGCAAAGACUAAUUGAAGAACAAAGACUAAGAUUUAAGUCUAAUGAUAGCACCCUUGCAAGUUAUUCACCACCAGGAAAUUGCUAUGAAGAGAUGCUGAAGUAUAUCUCACAUUUGUACAGAAGGAACAAAAGAAAGAUAAGAAAACGAUGGAACAAAUGGAAGUUGAAAAAAAAGAUGAAUGAAUCAGUCGAGAUCAAACGAGAAUCCUCCACCUGUCAAUCAAAGAAGAAGAAGAAAUCAAUCCACUUACAUCACCACCAUCAUCACCAUCAUCAUCAUUACCAUAUAUCAGAAACACUGGAUAGAACUGAAGGCAUCAUAAGAACAUUAGAAAAGCAGGACAAUACAGUAGACACUGUGUCAGAACCCCGUGCUCGCACCCCACAAAAUUACCCAUCUAUUUUACCCCAAAGACUGAUGGUCACUGAUGGUACAAGUGAGAUUGGUGACCCCAUUAAAACUGGCUACAAGCUGACAGUUCCCAUUCCCACGCCUGGUCUUUCUACCUCCCUACACUCGGUAUCUGGGUCUGGUGUUGGACAAAGAAGUCCCAGCUUAUGUUCAGAUCGCAGACCAUCUGCAGAAAUAAACGUAAAUCCUGGUUCAGUGUAUUUUAAAAGGAGUACGCUUGAUUGCGGAUUUCCAACAGAAAGGUUUUGCACAGGAGUCAGAAUACAUGAUGAUAUAAUAGUUGCCAACCCAGUUGAGGUCCUUGGUAAAACCAGUCCCUGCCCCCAAAGUUUUGUAACAUCUGAGUUGAAUUGUUCAUGUGCUGAGUAUGAAGUCAACCCUUGUAUAUUUGAGCCAACAGCAGAAGUAGAAGUCGAAAAUACAUCACGUUUUAGAAGAUGUCUAUGUUGUUGUGGUAGUUCCCAAAAUGAGGAGGAUAAGGAAAAUAGCGAGUCUAUCCUUUCAAAGUUCCAAACACAAACAAAAGUGGUUGUGGAUAGCAACUACUUCAACAGGGGCAUUAUGGUGGCAAUAUUAAUCAAUACACUAAGUAUGGGCAUUGAACAUCAUAAUCAGCCCACAGGGUUAACUGAGGUAUUGGAAAUCAGCAAUGUUGUAUUUACCACUCUAUUUGCCCUGGAAAUGUUGUCCAAAAUCGUGGCAUAUGGUUUUGCUGGUUAUAUUAAGAAUCUCUACAAUGUUUUCGACGCACUUAUUGUCAUAAUAAGUGUUUGGGAAAUAGCAGCAGGCACACAAAACAGUGGAGGUGGUUUAUCUGUGUUACGAACAUUUCGAUUACUUCGCGUUCUUAAACUUGUUCGGUUUAUGCCAGCUCUCCAGCGCCAGUUAGUGGUGCUAAUGAAAACUAUGGACAACGUGGCGACUUUUAUGAUGCUACUUACUUUAUUUAUAUUUAUUUUCAGUAUUCUUGGCAUGCAUUUAUUUGGAUGCGAUUUUUGUUGGGUUAACCAGCAUGGAAGAACUGAAUGUGAUCGGAAAAACUUUGAUUCUUUAUUGUGGGCUUUUGUUACUGUGUUUCAGAUUUUAACCCAAGAAGACUGGAACAUUGUAUUAUACAACGGGAUGGCUGCCACAUCGCCUUUUGCAGCUAUAUACUUCGUAACUUUGAUGACCAUCGGAAACUAUGUAUUGUUCAGUUUACUUGUUGCAAUUCUGGUUGAAGGUUUCCAGGCAGAGUGCUACUCUACUGAGGCAGAAAAUCAGACGUCUCAAGAUGAAGAAGAUUCUGACGCAGAAGAACCAGCGAUUCUGGCUGAAAACUACACCAAGAGGGUCGCAAAGGCGCUGGGUAUCACUGGGCCUAUAGCUGGCAAAUCUAUGAGUCCUAAAAUUAAAGAAAAAAAGAAAACAGCUCCGCAUGAUGGUGGAGACAAUCUUCUGGAGGACACAAGCUCUUCCAGUGAUGAUGAUGAAGAAGUGGAGCUCCUUACAAGAUCCAGUAACCCAAGGAUCAAAAUCACAUCAUCAAAAGAUGAUAUUCUAUCAGCCAACUCUUCAUUUUCUGAAACAACUGGUGAAAACCGGUUACUUCCAGUUAUAACCAGAACAGCUGCUACGCCCCUACACACGCCCACACUGCAUUCACCAAUACAAAGACAUGAAAUUGAAAAAUCAUUUAUGGAAAAAACUGUCGAAAAUCAGACGCUCAAAUCUGGUAGCUCGACAGAAAGCGAAGGGCACAGCGGACAACUAAACAAAAAACAUUCUUUGCUUUCAAGAAAGUCAAGUACUGAGUCUUGCCUAAGUGUGAGCAGCGUCAUUAAGUUUGCUGGGGGUUCCCCUAUUUCGAGAACUGGUUCGUGGCGGCUGAGGCGAUUCAAGGGACUUCCCCUAGACCGACAAUCUCUUGUUUGCUCAGAAGAAGAAGAUCAAGACAAUGAAAUAGAAGACGACAUGUACAGCAAUGCAAGCUUUGAAAAUGAACCAGAACAAGAAAUUGAAAUCAAAACUCCAAAUGUUAUAACUGAAAGCCAAGAUUCAUCUGAAAUAGAAUCAACAUAUUCGCCUAUUAACAACAACAACAAUAAUAAUAUCAACAUUGAACAAGACACACACAGCAAUAGCAAGGCAGACAUGCAGUUAAAGGAAACAGACUCGAACUCGGCAUCUUCAAACAAAAGCAGAUGUAAUUGCAUUCGUUCAUGCAAAUGUCCAAGUAUAAGAAGAAGAUCACCUGACUGGGUGCAACGCAAGAAAGACUGGUCGCUAUAUUUGUUUUCACCUGAACUUAAGUUCCGUAAAGCUGUCCAAAAAAUUACAGAGCACAAACUAUUUGAUUACAUGAUUCUGUUACUUAUAUUUGGCAACUGUAUCACAAUUGCCCUGGAAAGACCUUCUCUAAAAGAAGAAGACCAUGAACGUAAAGUGAUUGAUGGGUUUAACAACGUAUUUACGUUUGUAUUUCUUCUCGAAUUAAUUUUAAAGGUGAUUGCAUCUGGCUUCUAUAUCGGUCAUAAAGCUUAUUUAAAAAGUGGUUGGAACGUACUUGACUUCUUUCUUGUCGCGAGUUCACUCAUUGAUGUCAUAAUGACCCUCACGUAUAGUUCUGGAUCAAAACUUCUUGGAAUUUUAAGAGUUUUCCGUCUUUUGAGAGCUCUCAGGCCUUUAAGGGUAAUCAGCAGAGCACCAGGGUUAAAGCUUGUUGUGCAGACUCUUAUAUCAUCGCUUAAACCAAUUGGCAACAUUGUUCUUAUUUGCUGCGCAUUUUUCCUUAUCUUUGGCAUACUUGGUGUACAGGUUCUUAAAGGGAAGUUCUAUUACUGUGAUGGACCUGAUUUAAGAAACGUAACAAAUAAGACAGAUUGUUUGUUGAGUUCAAACAAUCAAUGGGUGAAUAGAAGAUAUAACUUUGAUGAUGUUGGUCAAGCGUUGAUGUCAUUAUUUGUGAUAUCAUCAAAAGAUGGGUGGGUUGAGAUCAUGUAUCACGGGAUAGAUGCCACUGGUAUUGACCAACAGCCAAUUCGUAACAGCAACCCCUGGAUGUUGUUGUAUUUCGUUUCUUUCCUUUUGAUUGUUGGCUUCUUCGUGCUUAAUAUGUUCGUUGGGGUUGUAGUGGAAAACUUCCAUAGGUGUCGGGAGGAGCAUGAGUUGGAGGAGCAGAAGAGGAGAGAAGAGCGUCGAAAAAGAAAGCAAGAAAGACUGGAUUACAAGAGGUCUAUGAGGAACCAGAGAGGAGACAAAUAUCUCACAUUCCGCAGAAAAACUCUUUCAAAAGCAAAGAAUCACGUCACUGGAGUAAGAGGAAGAUGUACUAAUUGUUGGAGGAAGAUUACAACUUUUUUUUGUGGAUCACCCAGUUUUCAAGCCAAUACAAAAUAUUACGAAGAUUACGGCCGAACGAGACGAGCACUUCAUGCCUUCUGUUUGAAUAAAUACUUUGAGAUAGGAGUUUCUAUUGUUAUUGGGAUCAAUAUAUUUACGAUGGCAGCAGAACAUUAUCAGCAACCAAAGGUUUUAGACCAAGCUUUAAAAAUUGCAAACUAUUUCUUUACGGCUGUGUUUGUUUUGGAAGCUAUUUUGAAACUAAUAGCACUCGGUGUGAGAAGAUACUUCAGAGAUAAAUGGAACCAAGUUGACAUGAUCAUAGUUAUCUUAUCAUUGGUUGGAAUCGCUGUGGAAGCUUUGAUGAGCGCAGGGGAUCGUAGUUUGCUCAUCAACCCAACUAUUAUACGUGUUAUGAGGGUGUUAAGGAUUGCUAGAGUUCUAAAAUUACUAAAAGUGUCAAAAGGGAUCCGGUCACUGCUGGAAACUGUAGCUAACGCUCUUCCGCAAGUGGGGAAUCUUGGUCUUCUAUUUCUGCUUCUCUUCUUUAUCUUUGCUGCUUUGGGAGUUGAGCUUUUUGGGACGUUGAGUUGUGAUGAACUACACCCAUGCAAUGGCUUAAGUAGACACGCCUCGUUCUCAAACUUUGGAAUUGCUUUGUUGACUUUAUUUCGUAUUUCUACGGGUGAUAAUUGGAAUGGGAUCAUGAAGGACGUAAUGAAAAGACCUCUCUCAGGACCUUUGUAUAACGACACAAUUCGUGAGACAUGCGAUAGUUCAGAUGCGUGUGUCACUAACUGUUGUGGAAGCAGCAUCAUAUCUCCAAUAUACUUCGUUCUAUUCGUAAUGACGGCACAAUUUGUGUUGGUUAACGUGGUAGUAGCCGUUCUUAUGAAGCAACUGGAAGACAACCGAGCAGAAGACGACGAGGAAGACGAAGUGUUUGAAGAUGAUUCGAAUAAUUUCACCGACAAUGACGAUCAAGUUAUUAUUGUACCUGAGACUGUAGAUAGAGAUUGUCGGAGUAACGCCACUGGUCCCGUUGAGGUUUUGAUUGACACCCACACACACAAGGCUGAUGAUGAUAUUGUGUCUCCAUCUAUCUGUGAAGUAAAACAAAGCAGGGUCAAUUCUGCGCCCAGAAAACUCGUCAAACAACAGAAAAUAGACUUAGCAGAUUCUACCGAACAUAGCCUUCACUGGACACCAACCGAAACUCCUGAAGAAAUGACAACAAAAUCAUUGGUGAAGCAUGUUUUGGAUGAUCCUAACUUUGUGACAUUGGCUCAAUCCAUGCCGUGCUUAAGGCCGACACCCAUACACACCCGUCAACUUUUACCCCUAACCACCCAUUUCUCGGGGUGCAGGAGUGUAGAGGUUACCCCGCAGCAAAGCCCCAAUUUCAGGGUACAACGAAAAGAGUCGGUAUUCAUAUUACCCCAAUCUACUUCUUCUGUUCCUACAUGUUCAUUAGACAUACCACAAUCUACAUCCAAUGUUAUAGUUACGUCACAAACGAAUGGUUACGUCAGGGCCGAUUCUGUGACGUCACUAACGUCUUCUGUUCACAUUUCAAUGACAUCACCGCGUAAUGACGUCAAACCGUCAACACCAAAUUGUGACACUACACCACCAAGAACUUCAACCAUUACCCAAUCAGGAAAAAAUACAUUUUUUGAUGACGUCACACCGUCCCGAAGUGUCGGUGACGCCAUUAGUGAGUCGUUUGAUAACGUCACAAAACCUCAACGUCCCAGUGACGUCACUAUUUACAAAAACGACGAAAAACCUUCAGGAAAUACGCCGGUAUCGAGAACUACAAUUUGCGACAACCCCAGCGUGACGUCGAAAGUGGAUGACGUCACACAUUGUGACGUCAUCAAUAAACCACGAUGGCCCCCUUCUCAACAAGGUGCUUCCCCGAAAUCGACCCUUCAAUCGUGUGGAAAACGCCACCUUGUUCGCACAUUCAGUUUUAACCCCAAUCUCUUACGUCACAAUGACGUUACGCAACCGACGAUUUACGCAACGUCAUCGAUCGAUGACGUAAGGAAAUCCUAUAGCGACAGCUAGCAACAAAUGCAAAAGUUAAACACGCCGCUGGCAAAUGAGAAUUAGGAUAAACGUUUAUUGUCGUUACGGCCUAUCAUUUGGUUAGCUUGUUUUUGACCUCGAUUUUUUGGCUUUCUAUUGACGUAUGUGGGCUCUAGCGCCCUGUUGUGGCAAGCAGUGUUACGUCGUAUUUUCCAAAAUAAAUUUUUUCUUUCUUUGUCAUAA